CGUCGUCGGUCGGAGUGAAAAAGCGGAAUCGGAUACGGAAUCCCCAAACUCAAUCUCAAACUGAAUCUCAAUCUGAAUCUGAAUCGGAGUCGCGGUCUCGAGCGGUGCGGUGGGAAAAUGCGCUGGAUGACAGACAGGGAAGAUGUGCGAUGUUAACGCCAGCGAGAUGCCACAUAAAUCGCCGCGAAGCCCAAUGAGAUUUAUUCAAUCAACGAAGAAAGUCCGCCCACCAACGGAAGUACUAUAUUUAUAAAGUCGAGAAGCGUUCAGCACAUCCCAAAUAAACUAAGCGAAAAGCUUCUUUCCACCAUGGGCAAGGAUCAGGAGUUCCUGGAGGCUGCGCGCAAUGGCAACAUCUCGCACAUCGAGAAGGUUCUCACCCAAAAGGCCAAGAGGGCAGGACCUCUGGCCAGCUUACGACGCGGCACUGGCGUAAAUGUCCAGGACAGUGGCGGCUACUCGGCCUUGCACCAUGCCUGUCUCAAUGGACACGAGGAGAUUGUGCGACUUCUACUGGCCCAUGAGGCCUCACCGAAUCUGCCAGACUCCCGGGGAUCGUCGCCACUCCACCUGGCUGCCUGGGCGGGUGAGACAGAGAUUGUGAGGUUGCUUCUCACGCAUCCAUAUCGACCGGCGAGCGCCAACCUGCAGACCAUUGAGCAGGAGACGCCACUGCAUUGUGCCGCCCAGCAUGGACACACGGGGGCGUUGGCUCUGCUCCUAAACCAUGAUGCGGACCCUAAUAUGCGUAAUUCCAAGGGCGAAACACCGCUGGACUUGGCCGCCCAGUAUGGACGUUUGCAGGCGGUUCAAAUGCUAAUCCGCGCCCAUCCAGAAUUAAUAGCUCACCUGGGCUCAGAGGUAGUGGAACGGGGAACACCGUCACCCUCGUCACCGGCCUCGCCCUGCAGGACCAUUUUUCCACACACCUGUUUGCACCUGGCCAGUCGUAAUGGCCACAAGAGCGUCGUCGAGGUACUAUUAUCCGCCGGGGUCAGUGUCAAUCUCCUGACUCCCUCGGGCACAGCUCUGCACGAAGCAGCGCUCUGUGGCAAGGAGAACGUGGUGAGAACACUUUUGAAGGCCGGAAUCGAUCUGGCGGCCACCGACAACGAGGGACGCACUGCUCUAGAUAUUCUGCGAGAAUUUCCACCGCAUGUCACCAAACAUAUUGUGGCUGUGAUCAACAACUUCCGUAAUCAAAUGGACACCGAUGAGGGCGAUGAGGUGAUCUACAGGCAGCACUCUGGCCCGCCCAAUUCGGCACGUGGCCAGAACAAGCAUCACUCGCAGCAGCAACAGAGCCACAGCAACCACUAUCACUUCAACUCCAACAAUCACUUGCUGAACCACUCGCACUCCAUGCAGCAAUCCGGAUAUAGCAAACAGCGCCUGAGUGCCGGAAAUGGAGGUCACUAUAAUGGGGGAAAGUCCCUGGAUAGUGCUCUGCAGCCGGAGGAUCGCUUUUACCAGGACCUCAACGCACACUCACCGCUGCACAGUCAAAAUGACAUGGGUGGUGGCUACAGUGUAAGCCCCUCAUCUUCGCUUAGCAGCUUUGAGCCAGCUUCGGUAUCGCCUCGUUCCCGCUGCUCCACCGGCGGCAUUGGGCAGCCCAUGCAGAUGAGUACCUUUGCCCCGGCCGGACCACCCAAGAAACCGCCACGACGCAAUCUCUCCGUUUCCCCCACACAUGCUGGUCCCGGUGGGCAGCAGUUUAGCUACAGCUCCCCCUCCAGCCAAAGCCAAAGUCAGAGUCAUGGUCAUGGUCAUGGUCAUGGUCAGGGUCAAGGCCAGCAGCAGCUUCGACGCCAGCCGCCCAGCGAUAGUCCGUACUCGCACCAGAGCCACGGUAGUGUGGGGGGCAUGAGCUUUGACGAGACCCAGCUGCGAGAGCGACAGAGGAGCGAUCGCUUGUAUGCCAGCGCCAGGCAGAGCACCCGUUCCGCCAUAGCCGGCGGAAUGAGUCUCAGUUCAAGCAAUGACAUGCUGGAUCGGCAGUGCAGUAGCUCGGAGCUGAACAGCGAGACGAGUGUGCCCAAUUCCAGCGGAGAAUCACCGGCUCCGGCCACCAACUCCAUGAAACGACCAAUUCCCGCUCCUCGCAGUGCAACAACCAAGCUGUCCAAGGAGCUCUUGAAGUCAGCGGAAAACGCCACCCUCAAGUCGUAUAAUCCUAAUCGCAAACUCAAGCGAAAUCGAAACAGCAGCGGUGCAAAUGCGGCCAACAAAUCCAACGGCGGCGAGGAAAACUGUGAGCCCAAGCAGCAGAUACCCAGCAGUCCCACUCAUUACAAGCAACCACCGACGCCCGACCAUCCGCCGCCCAGCUCUAGCCAGGCAGAGCGGACAAUCCAUGAGCGGAUCAGGCCUCUCAGCCAGGAGUAUAAGCGUCGAUCCGCCUUGCUCCAGCUGCAGGCAGCCCAGCAGCUAAUGAUUGAGACGGGGUCAUCGCCAUCAAAGCUACUACCUACGCUGAGUACGCCCGGAUACGACUACGAUGACACCGUGACAGUGGUGCCCCGCUGCCCGGCUCCUUCCUCCGGUUCCCUGAGCUCCAGCAUCUCAUGCUCGGAUCACAGCCUCUCGCAUUCCACGGACUACGUGGAGGAGUUCGUGAGCGACGUGCCCUUUGCAGGUUUGCUUAAGGGAGCCUCCCAGCUUAAAGAGCAGUGCGAAGUGCAGGUGAAAAUAGAGGAGGAGGUUAAUCCGCAACAGCAGCAGCAGAGUAUUCCCCGGGUGCGUCCGCCCAUUCCUAACAAGCCCACGGUGCCGGAGAGAAAGUUCGUCAAGCCGCCAACGACGCCGACCAAUCAACAGCAGCUGCAACCCGUGGAGGCCAAUGGCAAUGCUGCCACUGAGACAGCCAUCAAACCUCCAAGAUCCCCUUCAAAAUCUCCCACGAAAUCCUCUUUAAAAUCGCCAGCUAAGUCUCCGGCAAAAUCCCCUGGAAGCGGUCACUCGGCAGCCCGCAAUUCCAUAAAUCUUUUGAGUCCCUUUAAUGCGGAGGAGGCACGCAAGAAGAUCUCUGAGAUUAUUGAGAACUUUGGCAGCGGAAUCCUCAACACUAGCAUCACACCCACCCACGACAUCGAGCUGGACUUCGAGGACAUGGAGGUGCCCAACGAGCGACGGGAACUGGCCACGCGCCUCCGUGCUGCGGGAUUGCUUCACCUGGAGAGGAUGCUCUUCGAGAACGGCUACGAUAACUACAAAUUUGUGCACAAUGUCUUUGAAGAGCCGGAUAUUCCACUGCUCCACAUUCCCGAGCGAGAUGCUCCCAAGCUGUUGCGCUUUGUCCAGAGCCUGCCGCCGGCGGAGUUCCUGCCGCAGGUGCCGCCCAAGACGCAGCAGGAGAACAAGCAGCUGGGAGUCACCUCCUUGCAGCAGUGGCUUCACAGCAUUGCCCUUCCCGAGUACCUAGAAUUCUUUAACAAACAUUUGUACAAUACCAUUGAGAGCGUGUGCGGGGUGUGGGAUGUGGAGCUGCAGACGGUGCUGGAGAUCAACAAGCUGGGUCAUCGCAGACGCAUCCUGCAGUCGCUAGCCUACAUCCGCCAGAUGCGUGACAGCGACUCCAAGUCGCUGAAGACGCCGCUGGGCGAGAACAACGAAACCAAUCAGCUGGCAACUAACGGCAAUGGAACGGUGAAGGAGGUGGUGGCACCACGAAAUCCCGCAAAUCCUGUUCAGCACCGCAACUCCAUCACGGGCUAUCGCAAGAGCAGACCUGCACCGCCACCACCUGCUCCGCCGGCGAGAAAGACAGCUGCUCUCCAAAUACGAGCUCCCUCAGAGCUGCUCCUGGGCCUGCCGGCCAAUCUAAGGACCACCGAAUGGCGUCACUCGGCGCAGACUUUGCUCAAUGAGCACAUCAAUUACGAGGUUCAGUACCUCGGCUCAACGGUUGUGAAAGAACUACGUGGCACAGAGUCCACCAAGAAGUCCAUACAAAAGCUGAAAUCCUCAGCGGAAAGUGAGGCUAAAUCGGGCUCAGCACUCUCGCUGUCCAUUUGCCAUCGCGGGGUGGAGUUUAUUGAUGUGAACAGUAAGCGCACUAUCUGCGAGCAUGAGAUACAGAACAUCAAUUGCGCCUGCCAGGAUUCCGAGGAUCUGCGGCACUUUGCCUACAUCACCAAGGAACAGGAUCUGCACUACUGUCAUGUCUUCCUGGUCCAAAGCACAAAUCUGGCCAGCGAGAUUAUCCUGACUCUUGGCCAAGCCUUCGAGGUGGCCUAUCAGCUGGCGCUGCGAGACGGGAUCUCCAAUACGCCAGCCCUGGUCCUGGAUAAUGGAAUGCUGCAGGGCGAGUACUGUGGAGGGAAAUAGAGUGAGGACCUGGCCGCGGUUCAGGCCCCAGGAGAGCAACUACCACCGGCGAUAGCACCGCCGGCGCCACUCAGGCCAGGUCACAGUCUCAGUCACAAUCUCGGUCGCAGUCACAGUCGGAGUCGCAGCCUCUGCGCCAAACUAUUAUGCCUCAGCAACUACGGGGCUAUGUUCAAGUUGUAGUUAGACGAAGGACUUUUUCUAGGGCAACUAGUAGUUUGUAGGCCUCGCGCAUUUGACUUUUAUACGAAGGGAAUGGGUUUUUGUAUUUAUUUAACUAUUUGAAUGGCCAAAGAUCAACUACAAAAUGAAACGAACAAAAAGACUCACACAAUCAACAAAAGGCACAAUUUUUUCCAAUUAAGAGAAAUGCACCAACAACCAAUGAAGGCUUUUUUAGAGCUUCGUUACUUCCAGAAAUAACCGAAAGCUAUCCUUUCAAAUCGAGUUUAUAAUUGAAUUGAACAUUUUGCAAGGAAGAAUUAUCAUUAGACCAUUUUGCAGGGCAGCGAUUGCCUCUCAAACUCGAAAACAUAUUAAAAUAUUGCAUUUACGUGGGGCGGGUAAAAACAAUAAUUAAUGAAAAUGUUUUAGCAAAUUUUUAACUCAUAGACAAGGGAAAGGAAAAUCACGUUUGGCAAAGGAGCAAAAAAAUUAAAAAAUAUUGGCUUAUUAUACAAUUUUAUUGAUGUUGAACGCUGCAUGUUUCAUAUAGGGCAAGGAUUGAAUUGAGAUAAAAGCAAUGCUAAAUCAUAUCCCGCAUUCGUACAGAUCUAUAACCUAUUGGCUAAUCACAUUUACUACAUAUUAUAUACAUAUAUACAUACGACUAACUCCAAUAUUGAUAUGUAUGCGUGUUGUUAUAUAAUUUUUAAUUGACUAUUUAAGCGAAUCGAAUCAAAUCAAAGGACAGACAACGCAUCAAGUUAUAAGCAAGUUGUUGCUUACAAAAUCGUAAAAAUCAAUUGAUUACAUCGAGCUGAUGAUGAGUCGGCUGCAUUUUAUAUGUAUAUGCUUUUGGGGAAUAUUUUACGAAUUUUUAAGAGAACUUUUAACUAGUCCCUUAGUUGUUACGUAAGCAUUUAUCAAAAAUCACUUGUGUAUUUGCAUUUACUCGAUGGUAAAUGUUUUCUUAUUUAAUUUAAGGCCAGGCCUUGUUGUUGUUAAAACCAUUCGUUUGACUUGGUUUACCUAAUACCACAUAUUUUACUCUCAAUUAAGACCCUUCUCUAUCGAUGUAUGCAAACGCUUUAAAUGUUAGCCUGCUUGUGGUACAACGGAUUCCAUUAAGUACCUACCUACUCAAUACAAAUCGAAGAUAAAUACCAAAUAAACUCAUCUUAAUCCAAUACGAUUCUCUGGGCAGCAGUUUGUUAUGCCAUAGACACGCACACGGUAAAUAAAUCAAUUUUAUUAAGCUAUGUAUACAACAAAGUCGUACUCAACCAGCCUAGCCCAUAACUAAUGAAAUUUAACAAAACCAAUAUAUAUACACAACAAAUUGAUAAAUUCCAAAUUUUUAAGUGUUUAGGAUCCGAAGAAUGAAAAUUAUAAUUGCAAUGGAAUGGAAAACCGAAAAAGUGACAGAAAAUACUAAAUAAAUACAUAAUUAACAGGCCUCAUUUUAAACGCCUCGUGGAUGUCAAUUAAGGCCGACUUUCCCACAGGCCAAGUCCGUGGAUCUCGGGAUCUGAAGAUCUUGACCACAGAAAGAGAGAGAGAGAGAUGGCCGCGAUCAGUUACACAAAGGCAAACGCGUAAAUGCGAAUUUAAUGUGAGCCGGUUUGCAGUGCUGCUUGGCGCGUUGUCUUGUUGGUUUUUUAUACGGCUAAAUGCGUUAACCAUUUGAUCAUGCGAAUAUUAAUUGGCAUUGGCGAACGCCGAAGCGCAGCUCGGCCUAAUGUUGCUGGCCACAAAAAGCGCAUGCGUCAAAUGCUGCCAGACAUCCGAUAGGCCAAGACUCCAAUC